GCAAUGUUUGAUUGGCAGCUGUGCUGUUUGGCACGUGUGUGUUGUUAGGUUAGAAUUGUAACCGAGUUGGGGUUCAGUUCAGUGUGUUUUGUGCAGCAAAGAAAUGUUGUUGGGUGGUUAAAAUGGAAGUGACAAGUGAGGAUGAGUUGUUGUUUCACAAACUGAAGAGUUUUUGUGAAAUCAACGAACAGUUUUGUAUUGCUUUUAAGCUUACGGAGAAGAGAACUGGCUUAAAUCGGCACCAGAAAAACGACCAACAUUUGCAUUACAUAGCCCAACAUGUUAUAACUAUUGCGGUUUAUUUCCAAAGUGUUGUCACACAUUUUUCGGAAUUUCUUCCCAAAAUUGUGUCUAUUGCAACUGUUGAGUUGGGGCAACAUAGGGCCAACUGCGUGUUGUUAGGCAGAAUUAUACGAAUUAGAAAUGAUUUGCAUUGCUACGCCACUAAAUAUUUCGAGUCCAACCCCUCACCCUUUGAGGAUGAAUCUUAUCCAGUUUCAAAGAAGCGCAAAAUGUCGCAAAUAACAAUUUCCGAACUAGAUUUAGUCGAGUCUUGUUACGCUUUAUUGAAAAGUGACCCUCAAUUUUACGGCAAAAAAUGGAAUUGGUCCGAAUUUAUCACCAAAUAUUUAAAUCAUGAAAGUCCAGAAAUCCAAUGGAUUGCCUGUCACUGCAUUUCAGUCCUCACCCAUAUGAGCGAAAAUCAGCUCAGAGAUUUGAUUUUAUCGAAAUUGCCACAAGAGACUCACGAAAAAUUUUCGUGCAUUUACAAUAAUUCACUCACUUUGGGUAAAACGGGAUCGGAAAUUGUGGCUUUGGAUCAACACCCCGUCAUCGGUAUUAGUAAAGAAACGCAGGACGUUGUUGAUAUUUCCGGUGUUUACAUUCCUAAAUUAAAAUCGUCCGUAACGCCACAUCACAAUUUGAUUAUGGUCAAUUCCACGCGUGAUAAUUUGCGAAAAGUAGCUUUUGGUUUAUCUUCGAAGAAAGCCAUUUGUUUGCAAGGCCCGGUCGGGUCGGGAAAAACUAGUUUGGUGGAACACAUUGCGAAUAAAACUGGCAGAAAACUGGGAGAGAAUUUUGUAAAAGUUCAGUUAGGUGAUCAAACUGAUAGUAAGAUGUUAUUGGGGACGUAUCGAUGCACUGAUAUUCCUGGGGAGUUUGUCUGGCAGCCGGGAGUUGUAACACAGGCGGUGAUUGAAGGAAAUUGGGUCUUACUGGAAGACAUUGAUUCAGCAAGUAUGGAUAUAGCCUCAGUUUUGUCAAGUUUGCUAGAAAAUGGGAGUCUCACGGUUCCCGGAUACCGCGACUCUUUGCCGAUUACUCCCGGAUUUCAGCUAUUUUUCACUCAAAGACUUGUGUCUACAAUAACCGGCCACCACAAAAAACACUCAAACGCAAUGACUUUACUCGAGAAACACUUGCUUCAAAUAAACAUCGACCCUUUGACUUCAGCCGAACUUGAGGAAAUUUUAAUAACACAACAUCCACAAUUUGCCACAAUUGCGGACCGGAUGAUUAAAGUUUUCCAUUUAUUUACGACAAACACUGACUUGCCCAAAAGCAGUCGCUUGAUUUCAACGAGAGACUUUUUCAAGUGGUUGUCACGAGCUGCGAUUGAUUUUGAUAUAAAGAGCCAAAGUAGUGCUUUGAAAGUGCUGCAAGAUGCAAUCGAUGUGUUCUGUUGCUCGUAUGCCAAACCAGACGAAGCGCUGGGUUUGGCUAAGCAGAUUAGCACUCACUUGGGGAUUAUUAACCAGAAAGCGGAAUUUUUCUUCAAGAGUUAUAAACCAGUUAUAAAGUUAAGUGCAAGUCAUUUGGAAGUUGGACGUGCAGUUAUGGCACGAAACAAUGAUGUUUUGUCCUUGCGGCAGUCUUAUUAUUUCACUCGUCCUUCGACCGUUCUCCUUGAACGCGUUAUGUGCUGUGUUAAACUGCAAGAACCGGUUCUUUUGGUCGGUGAAACCGGAACCGGUAAAACCUCAACCGUUCAGUAUUUAGCGAACGCAAUCGGCCAAAAACUGGUCGUUAUCAACAUGAACCAGCAGUCGGACUCUGCCGAUUUGCUUGGCGGUUACAAACCGGUUGAUUUGAAAUUUGUAAUCACCCCAAUUCGUAAAGAAUUCGAAGCACUUUUCUGUGAGUUUUUCCAAGUCGAGCCAAACCGUACGUUUCUGGGACACAUCGCUCGCUGUUACAACGAACAGAGGUGGUCAGACCUCGUUAAAUUAAUGACGAAAAGUUACGAUGCGGCUAUUUCGCGUCUGAAGCAACCCUCACCUAAAAAACACCUCCUCGCCCGUUGGCAAUCCCUUGGCGAGAAGUUGCACAAACUCACUUUGCAGCUGAAACAGAAAAGUGCCCUCGCGUUCGCUUUCAUUGAAGGCAGUUUAGUGAGAGCCGUUGAAGAGGGGCACUGGGUCCUUUUGGACGAGAUUAAUCUAGCGAACGCCGAAACGCUCGAAUGUUUGUCAGGACUUUUGGAGGGAGCGGAAGGCUCGCUGUGUUUGCUCGAAAGGGGCGAUAAAGCCCCGGUGGAACGGCACCCCAAUUUUACCCUCUUUGCGUGCAUGAACCCUUCGACGGACGUGGGCAAGAAGGAUCUUCCAGCGGGGCUGCGGAACCGUUUUACAGAAUUUUACGUUGAUGAGUUGGUCGAGAGAAACGACUUGGUUUUGCUGGUUGGGAGUUAUCUGGAAGCGUUGUCUUUGAAGGAGGGCGAGUUGGAGCGAAUUGUUGAGUUUUAUUUGAGGGUGCGGAAGGAGACGGAGGUUUCGUUGGUGGAUGGGUUGGGGCACAAGCCGCAUUUCUCGCUGAGGUCGCUUUGUCGCGCCUUGAUGAUUACAGGGAGGAAUCCGUGUGGGAUGGUCAAGAAGAGUUUGUAUGAGGCGUUUUGUUUGAGUUUUUUGACGCAGUUGGAUGAGCAGUCGUAUGGGAUUGUUGAGAAGUUGAUUGCGAAGUAUUUGGUUGGAGAUGAUAAGGCGUUGAAAGCAGUUUUGAAGCAGCCUAUUCCUACGCCUAAAAGUAAUUCUGAUGAUUAUGUCCAGUUUGAGGGUUAUUGGGUUCGGAAAGGGGAUUUGGAGUGUUUGGUUCCUGAUGAUUACGUUUUGACCGAGUCUGUGCGAAAAAAUCUUAAAGAUUUGGUGCGAAUUGUGUCGAUUGGGGGACUGCCAGUUUUACUACAGGGCGACACUUCCGUCGGUAAAACCAGUCUGAUCGCUUACUUGGCCAAGUCAAGCGGUAACAAAUGCGUCCGCAUAAACAACCACGAACACACCGAUCUCCAGGAAUACAUUGGCUCGUACGUCGCCGACUGCGAGGGCAAACUGGUCUUCCGGGAAGGCCUCCUGGUGGAGGCAAUGCGCAAAGGCCAUUGGAUCAUCCUCGACGAGCUCAACCUGGCACCUAGUGACGUCCUGGAGGCCCUAAACCGCGUCCUGGAUGACAAUCGCGAAUUAUUCAUUCCAGAAACACAAGAAACCGUCAAAGCCGACCCCAAUUUCAUGCUCUUCGCCACACAGAAUCCGCCCGGUUCGUACGGCGGACGCAAAAUGCUGUCGAGGGCUUUCAGGAAUCGAUUCGUUGAACUGCAUUUCAACGAAAUUCCGCCGAAGGAGUUGGAGUUUAUUUUGCAUAAGCGGUGUCAAAUGGCACCGUCUUAUGCCAAGAAGAUGAUUAAUGUCAUGACGGAUCUACAGACUCGGAGACGGGGUUCGGCUGCGUUUGCCGGAAAGCAGGGUUUUAUCACUUUGAGGGAUUUGUUCAGAUGGGGCGAAAGGUAUCGCCUGGCCCAAAACACCCAAAAAUUGUACGAUUGGGACCAACAUUUGGCGGAUGAAGGCUAUUUAGUCCUAGCGGGAAGGGUCAGGAAAAGUGACGAGAAAAAAGAGAUUAUCACCGUUUUGCAAAAGCACCUUAAACGCGAAGUUAACCCGCACAAUUUAUUCACUCUGUCGGAAAAAACAUCAGUUGUGACCCGAGAUAUUUUAACAAAAAUUUACCAAAAUCGCGACAAAUACAAAAACAUUGUGUGGACCUAUAAUAUGAGACAGUUGGCGGUUUUGGUGGCUAAAGCGUUCCAUUUCAAAGAACCUGUUCUCCUAGUGGGUGAAACAGGAGGUGGCAAAACAACCGUUUGUAAAUUAAUUGCUGAAUUGAAUCAGCAGGAAUUAAUUUCGGUUAACUGUCACAUGCAUACCGAAAGCAGCGAUUUUAUUGGUGGUUUAAGACCGGUCAGAGAUCAUGUGGACGAUGAUGUUAACAAAUUAUUUGAAUGGGUUGACGGUCCUUUAAUUAAAGCCAUGUUAAAAGGCAACGUUUUUCUCGCCGACGAAAUUUCGCUGGCUGAUGAUAGUGUGCUCGAACGUCUUAACUCUCUUCUAGAGCCGGAACGGACUUUAUUAUUGGCUGAAAAAGGGGCCGAUAUCAAUAAUCCAAACAACUCGGAAUUAAUUGUCGCCGAUCCCAACUUUUAUUUUAUUGGGACGAUGAAUCCUGGAGGUGAUUUUGGCAAGAAAGAAUUGUCACCAGCUUUGCGAAAUCGGUUUACGGAGAUCUGGUGUGAAUCGUGCACUGAUCGCGAUGAUUUGAUUGCGAUAAUUGAACAAAAUGUCAAGGAGGGAAUUUCUUUUGGGAAUCAACAGGAUGGAUCGAGUGGGAUUGGUAAAAAUAUUAUGGAUUUUGUGGAAUGGUUUCGAGGUACUGAAAUUGGGAAAAGGUGCACUGUAAGUAUUCGCGACAUUUUAACUUGGGUAAACUUCAUCAACAACUGUGCUGAAAAAAUCGGAGUUUACGAAUCGUACCUUCACGGCUUACAUCUCACAUUUCUGGACGCUUUAGGCACCGGAAUCACCGGAACAGAAAAUUUAAACAACUUGAAAAAAUUCAAACACUGUUGCGAACUGUUCAUUAAAAAACAACUAAAUUCUUCAACCCUCCCGCACGUAUUUUCGCCAAAUUUACUGAUCGAAGAAUCGGACAAUUCAUUCGGAAUUAAACCCUUCUACAUCGAAACGGGUAAUGAGCCUCCCACUCCCAACUCCUUCACAUUCAGCGCUCCCACAACGACAUACAACACUCUAAGAUUAUUGAGAGGAAUGCAGUUGAACAAGGCGAUUUUACUUGAGGGCAGUCCCGGAGUCGGCAAAACUAGCCUUGUUACAGCUUUGGCAAAACUAACCCGCCAUAAAAUCUUCCGUGUGAAUUUAUCCGACCAAACCGAUAUUUCCGACCUGUUUGGGGCCGAUUUACCGGUGGAGGGGGGCUCAGGGGGGCAGUUCUCGUGGCGUGAUGGCCCCCUGCUUCAGGCCCUUAAACAAGGGCACUGGAUUUUACUCGACGAGUUAAAUUUGGCCUCACAGUCGGUUCUGGAAGGUUUAAAUGCGUGUUUGGACCACCGAGGCGAGAUUUUUAUCCCCGAGUUGGGCAAAACGUUCCACGUAAGACCAGGAACGCGUUUUUUCGCCUGUCAGAACCCCCUUAAACAAGGGGGCAGCCGGAGGGGUUUGCCCCAGUCGUUUCUCAAUCGUUUUAUCCAAGUUUACGUCAACUCGCUCACUUCUAAAGACUUGGAAUUAAUUUUGACUAACCAAUUCCGGGCCAUUCCUCGUGAAAUAAUCGACAAGAUGUUGAAAUUUAACUCAAGGGUUUGCGAUGAGUUGGAUGGUCAUAGUUUUGGGAAUAAAGGCGCGCCUUGGGAGUUGAACUUACGCGAUUUGAGUCGAUGGUGUGAGGCCAUGAUUUAUCACUUUGAAGCUAACCCAAGUGUCGAUAAGAAAUAUCAACCGGAGAGUUUGGUGCACUUAAUUUACGGGGAUCGCAUGAGGACUUUGCGGGAUAAGAGGAAAGUGAGUGAGAUGUUUGAGGAAGUGUUCGGCCGGGGCAUUUCUGGUGAUGCGCCCGUUUUGUAUACAAAUAGUGAACAAGUGUGGAUUGGUGAUGUGGGGUUGUGGAGGAAUAGGGACGGCGUUGAUGUUAAUGUGAUCAGUGACGAGAAAAGUUGUUUGGUUUUGAGGACGCAGUUGCCGGUUUUGAGGAGUUUGGCCUAUUGUGUUAAUCUCAACUGGAUGAGUUUACUGGUGGGGAGUUCUGCGGCAGGAAAAAGCACAGUGGUGCGAGCUUUGGCUCACAUCGUUGGAAAAACGCUCCGAACUUUGCCUGUAACGAGUGCAAUGGAUACAACGGAUAUCUUGGGAGGAUUCGAACAGACUGAUUACUCCAGGCAUUUAGAGGAGAUCGUGAGGGAAACGGAACAACUUUUGUUAAAAAUCGUGCGGACAAUGCUCGUAAAAGGUCGACCCUGUGUCGAAUUGCUCCGUCUUUGGGAGGGAUACUCGAACGUGGAUAGUGACGUGAAGACUAAGCGCACCAUGGAGGAAGAACUGAGCCUAUUUCUGCGAAAACUUGACGAAUUGGAGAAGAUUUGGGCGGUUUUGCCUGGAACAGAUAAGCUACGUAGGAAAGCUCGAAAAAUGAGGAUGAGUGUGAAAAAUGAGGGCAGUUUGAAUGCCGGUGGUAAAUUCGAAUGGGUCGACUCGGUUUUGAUAAAAUGUUUACAAGAAGGUUCGUGGUUGCUCGUGGAUAACGUUAACUUGUGUAGUGCGGCCGUUUUGGAUCGACUUAAUGCGCUUUUAGAACCGAACGGUGUUUUAACAGUGGGCGAGAGAGGGGUGGAUGAGAAGGGACAAAUGGUUGAAAUUGUUCCUCAUCCCGAUUUCAGGCUGUUUUUAACGAUGGAUCCCAAGAAUGGAGAAAUAUCGAGGGCCAUGAGGAACCGAGGCGUUGAAAUUUACAUGCUCAAUGAGAAAGAAAACGAACACCGCAACACUCUCGAUAUAAAAAGCCUAAUAAGCCGCGAGGGACUGAAAAAUAUUAACCACAUCGAAUCCCUGUUACAUUUGCAUGAUUUUACCAGCGAGUUGAUUUUGGGCGAAAAACCAAAUGUGAACGAAUUAUUACGCGCAUCGGCUCUAAUUUCCCAACAAAUCCAACACGGCUCGAACCAACUCGACGCAUUCCACAACACCAUCAUGGAAAUUUAUUACAAAACGCGCUCCAACAUGGAGUUCACUUGCAAUGAUUUCGAUACGGUUAUUAAAACCGAAAUCGGAAAGGUGCUACACCAGGCGACUGCACAACAAUUCUACGACGCUGUCACGCUAAAAACGGAUAAAUUGCACGUCGGGACGGAUUUGGAGAAAAUUAAACAGCAAGCAACGGCGCUACAAAAUAACCCAGUUGAUAAAUAUUUCUUGAUUCACUUCUACAGUGUUACCAGUAAACAGGAUUUGGAGCUGCGCUCUCGCUACGUUAAUUGUUUAAUUGGUGAUAAUCAUUCGGUCGCGAUUUCUCAAACAAUGCACAACUUCAUUGAGAGUUUCCCAGUUGAGUUUAAGGACUUUCCGAUUGAUGGGCGUUGGAUCCCUGAAACUAAUUACAGGGGGAAAUGUUGUUUUGCCAGCAACAGGCUAAUCCUCAGUCUGCAUUUUAUUGCAAACCGUACGAUGGAACAAUUAUGCGGAAAAAAGCCAGGUCAGGUCACACUACAUGACUACAUGACCCAACGACAAGAAAAUACAAUCAGCGACCAGUUCGAUGAUGUUUUAGUCGAUGAAUUUUUGCACUUAAUUGAAUCAUUCGAUAGUUCCUUGCUGAAAGUCCUCACGGACAAGAUUGAACUAAGCGACCUGGACGUAAUCAAACUUCUGGAAUUACUGACUUGGCGGUUUAUUUUCAAUCGUUGCACGCGGAUAGACGUGCGAAAAAUCACCCCAAAUCAGCUGACAAGUCUCAAAGUGCACUAUCGAUGGUUUUUGAAAUAUUCGGUAAACAGCGUGGAAUUACUUUUGAACAAACAAUCGCGCGAACUGGAGGAUGUUUUGGCAAAGAUUAAUAAAAGUCUGGAAAAACAAUUCUCCCCACUUCAUAAAUUCAGUCAAACCUUCCAGAAACGUAGUAAACCACCACCGAGAGUCGCCAGUUUGGAGAUAGACUUAGCAACGUGUUACCAACAAGUUUUGAGGCAAUUUGACGCUUUGAAACAUGCAAAUUUGAGGAACAAAAUCAUCAGUUUGAUGCUUGAUCGCGGAACGAGUCUGGACGUGAAAAUCAGCGAACUUAAAAUGCUUGAUUUUGGCGAAAACGCCGCUAAUUUAAGCGAGUCUGAGGUGAAGUUGCUGCCAGUGGUUGAGUUCCUGGUCAAGUUGCAAUUGAGGAAUCACUUCGAGGGGCAAGAUUUCCGGUCGUGUCUGAGCGUUCCGAUUGAUUUAGUGACCGCUCUUUGUCUGUACAGAGAGAGCAAAGACGGCCGACUUUGUCACAGUUUGUUGCGUUCGUUCUUUGCGUAUUUGGCGAGCUCGGACUGUGGUUUUCAGCCGGUUUUGAGUCACUGUUUGUUGGACGAAACGGCCAAGUUUGGGAAUUUCCGCGAUUUGAUGAAACAGCAUCGACAAUUGGGUUUGAUUUUGUGGCGGAAUUUGCAGCAAUUGCACGAAAACGCCUAUGAUUAUCGCGCAAACGAGUGUGAGUUUGUUUGCCAAAGCUUCGAAGGGUUUAUUGCGAUGAUUUCGGAGAGUUUGGGUUUGAAAACCGGUGAUUUCCACCAAUUAGUUGCGAUUUGUUUGAGGGAAUUGGAGACAGUUUGCACUGAUGAGUUAAGUGAGUCGUUUCUGGGCCAUUUGAGGAAUUGUGCGAAGACGUACCGAAGUUUGAAUGAGUGUGAGGACUUCCACUUGAGUCUUUUGUACGUCCAUGACAUGCAUGUGGAGUUGAGCUAUGCUAAAGCCAUUCUCAACUCGCGAUUGCCCUUGAUAGACCCUUCGGUGAAGAAGGCUUUAAAAAAGAAAUACAGUGUUGAGACUAUUCGUAGUUUCGAGGAUUUGAGAGAUAGUUUUGUUCAAAUGAAUGAAGUUUAUAGCGGGAAUGUCAAAACUUUGCAUUCGCAUUACAAACCCGUCGUCGACAUGAUUCAAACUUUAAAUAUCAGGAACGAACAACUGGGGAGUUAUGUCGCUGUGAGGCCCAGAGAAGUGCUCUACGAAGACGUCGUCAAGGUGGUAAAUCACGCCUUUUCCACGAUUUUAUCCUGUCGAUACGUCGACGGGAUUAUCCAGAAUGUGGAUUCGGUGGUCAGGGAUUUAAUCAGAGGCGAGUGGACCCCGGACUCGGAGCGAAUUUUAAAACAGUACGAGUCCUCACUUUCAAGUUAUUCUAAUCUGAUCAACGAGUGGUCGAAAUAUGCGCCCUCUUAUCCCGACGUUAUCGAGCCUCUUUUGAGUAACUUGAGCGAGUUUUUGUACGGUCUCAAAUCGAAUUUGGCUCUGGUACGAAAGCUCGUCUUGAGACACGAAUGUGCAAAGUUCGGGUUUGACAUGCAAGACGAACUCGGAGCUUUGGUUGCGAUUCCGAGUCUUGACCGCCAACAUAUUCGCUAUGAAUCGCUAAUUGAGAGCUACUCCAAGCCGCAAGUUCAUAAGUUCAUCGAUUAUGCGCUCGGGAGUGAGGAAAACGCAAAUGUGAAGAAGGAGCGGUUGAGACUGCUGAAGUGCGGCAUCCAAGAAACAUUUAAUAAUUGUAUCCUGGACGUAAACUCGACGGGAAUAUUAAAUUUCUCACAUUUCGAAAAUUUCCUUAAAGCCUUCGUGAGCGCGUGGAACGAGCAGGAGAAAAAUCGCGAGCUUGCAGAGGCAGAAGCCAGCGCUUUGUACAAAACCAGGACGAAAUGUGACGAUAAGCCCGAAGCCGAACAAAUCGAAGACGAACUCAAAGAAUUAUUCCCAAAUUACCACGACCAAGAUUUCGCUGAUAUAAUGCGAAAAGUUGACGAAAUCGAAUCGGUCGAGAAAAAAUCACAACCCGAUGUUAUUUCGCACGAGGAUGUUAAAUUCGUUGUUGAUUUGCAUGUCUCGCUUGUGCAGAAUUUUACCAAAACUGAGUGGUUGAAUCCGGAGAAGGAUAAAACUGUAGUUGUGGAUUUCCUGAAUCCGUUGAUUGAAAAACACAAAUUGUUUAAACAAAUUUGUGGGAAGGUUUUACCGGCGUUGGACUACCGGCUGGAUAAGGAUUUAGUGGAAAGUAUGAGCGUCUUGCUCUGUUUCGUGCAGAAUUACGGAGAUACAAAUUAUUUAGUCGAACCUCCAUCUCCCGUAAAAAUCUCCCAGUCAAAACGUUUCGACUUUUACAAAGACUCAAAUAUCGAAGAAGUGAAAUCUUCCUUCCACAUUUUGGAGGAGCUCCGCAUUCGGACCAGGUCCCUUCUGUCCGAAUGGCCCGACCACCCAACCCUAAAAUCGAUUAUGACUAUUAUUGAGCGCGUCUACAGUUUCGACCUAGCCAGUCCGUUACUGCGCUUUUUGACAGCUUUCGAAAUUCUGUUAAGCAAAUGCAACGAAUGGGAAGAAGUGGCCCAUUCUGGCGUCAGUCUGAGCGAAAACGCCCAAACCAUCACACACCAAGUAAUCGCGUGGCGAAAAAUGGAAUUAAACGUUUGGAAGGAUUUAUUGAACAGUACAUUUACGCGAAUGAACGGCCCUACAUACAAAUGGUGGCUGUACUUGUACAACAUAAUGGAGCAAUUCGAGGAAAAAUACACCGAGAUUGAGCUAAUCGAGGCACUUCAGAAUUAUGUCACGAAGUCAAAUUUGGCCGAAUUCCAGACCAGAUUGAAUCUAUUACAUGCGUUCCACUGCCAUGCUGUACAUCGAAAGCGCACGGACAAAUCGGACAGAUUUGUCAGCAUUUUGUGGAAUGUUUACAAUUACUUCCUGCAAUUCGCGCAAAUUGUGAACAACAAAAUCAAGGAUUUGAGGGCACCCAUCGAGAAGAAGCUCAAAGAUUACGUCAAGAUCGUGAGAUGGAAGGAUGUUAAUUAUUGGGCCAUCAAAGAAACCGUCGAUAAGUCGCAUAAAACGCUCCAUAAAUACGUCAGAGAAUUUCAGGACGUCCUAAAUCAGCCAGUGUCGCCACACUUGGUCAAUACAAGCAAUUCCAACAAAAUUGAAAAUGUCGGUAUUUGGGACAGACCGCAAAGGAAUGCCGUCAAAACCUACCACUACACUUUAGAUCCCGCAACUUACGUCGCCAAAGAAUCCUUCAGAAAGAAAUUAAGCCCGAAAAGUUCAAAGUCCCAUCAAAAACUUUCAAACAAAAUAGACUCAUAUUUUAGCGAAGCGCGCAAGUUGUGUAAAGAUUCGAUUUCAGCGAUGAAAUAUCCCAAGAUGAUACAAACUUUGGACGAUUUAGUGACACAGAUAAUUGAAACGAGCUCACAUUUACAAAACUUGGAGGUCGACACGAGUCUGGAUAAAGACAAGCAAAAAUCCGCUGCCAAAAACAUCCUAAAUCAGAAACAUCGCGCACUGGCCGACUUAUUCAAAGUUUUGAGCCAAAUGGGGCUUUCCUUCAGGACCGGAUUAGUCGAAGCCAAGCUAAAAAUGGCCGCGGAGGACUUUCUCUUAAAACCGAUUGACUUGAGUGCCAACUUUAGCCACAUUAAUUACAAGCGCCAGGAUGAGAAAAUUCUAACAAUGUGGGACAACUGCGAAAUGUAUUAUUUAAAGUCUCUAAUGAGGGCCGACGUCCUGGAUACAGCCCUUAAGACCCCGGCUCAAGAUUUAGGCCAACAAAAUAUCGCCCGGUGUAGAGGCUUUACAUCAAAUCUCUUGUCCCUCGCCCAAAAACACAAAUCACAACUGACUCAAAGCAGCAAUUUGUUCUACUACUUGCGACACUACACGAACCAAAUGACCAAAAUUUGCGACAGUAGAGAGUUUCUGCCACUUGAAACAAUAGCAAACAUUCAACUAACAAUGAAAAAUGUUCAAAUCGUGCUAAAUCAAACUAAAAUUGUUCUAAAUUCGUGUCCUGGGGAUGAUUUUACCGGUUCCGAAACCCCGGUUCUGGUUCUUAAACCGGAACCGGAAUUUAUCCAAUACAAAAAUGACCAACUUUGGAACAAGUGUAACAACUUAGUCAGCGAAACGUUGAUUAUCGCCAAUAAAAUAUGUCUUGACUUGGAAAAAAGCAAAGGAGAAGUGCCACACUUUGACUUAGAACCGUUUAAAUUGAAUUUCGUUCCGAUUUCGGAUCCAAAUUCUAUUCAAAUUAAGUUGGACAAUAUUGAAACAAAUCUCAGCGAGGUUGCUAAAGUUUUCGGAAAGACGAAAUUGGGCCAAAGUUUGAGUUGGAUCCUUGGAGAAGUUAAGCGUUUGAAACUGUCCGAGAACGAAUUAAAUUGUAAUUUUGAUAUCGGAAAGUCGUUGAAACAACUUGAAAAACUGACCGAUUCGUUGGGUGAGAAAAUUUCGCAAGUUGUUAACACCCUCCACAAAAAAUAUUCCGAUUUGGGUCAAGACAACGACCAAGAGGUGAUUCAAGACGAUCAUUUAAAGGUUCAAAUAAUCGAAAACCUUGAGAACGAUUUUAAGGAUUUGUGUAUUGGAGAGAUAUUUGAUUUGUGUCACGAAAUCGCAAGACUCUUCUUCACAAUUCCUCCAAACUUUUUGAACGAAGCGCGAAAUUUAAUUUCGUGCGUUUUGCCUCUCUUGGAGCAAAUCAGUCUCUACCAUCAGUAUUUCUUAACUCAGCAAGUCUCAGCUUAUCGAGUUAUUAAUAAAAUGAAUUCGGUCCUUUUGAAUAUUUUCAUCGAUUUGGCAUCGAGAGGUUUUUGUGUGCCACCUGAACUAACAGAUGAUUCGGAAGAAGGUGUUUCUAAACCUUCGGAUGGUCUUGGUUUGGGUGAAGGUCAAGGAGAAAAAGACGUUUCUGAUAAAAUCGAAUCUGAAGAUCAGUUAGAUGAUGCACAACCUGCUGGACAGGAAAAAGACAAAGAGGAAGAUGCAGAUUGUAAAGAAGAAGAUAAAGGAAUUGAGAUGAGCGAAGAUUUUGAUAGUAAACUACAAGAUGUCGAACCGAAAGAUGACGAUGAAGAUGAGGAGGAUAAUGAUUCAGAUGCUGACGAACAAAUGGGUGAAACAGAGAAAGAUGCAAAUCGACAAGACAAAGAGACUUACGGGUCAGAUAAUGAAGAUGAAAAUGUUGAAAGUGAAGAAAAGGAAGAACGUGGUGAAGGAGGUGAAAAAGAUGGUGAAAAAGAAUUGGGGGCCAAAGAGAAUGAUAAGAAAAGUGAAGAUAAGCCUGAUAAAGAUUCGACAAAUGAGAAGGAAGAAAACAAAAAGGAAAUUAACGAAAUGGAGGAACCGGAAUUUGACGAUGAACAAACUGAUCCCUACCAUGGCAACCAACCGGAAUUGCCGGAACCGGAACCCAUGGAUUUACCGGAUGAUCUUCAAUUGGACGAAGGCCAAGAACCGGAUAACAAUCAAGAUGAAGAAAAUCCGUUUGAUAUUGACGCAAUGAAGGAAGACAAUCCAUUCGAGGGUAAGGAAAAAGAAGAGCAAGAGCAAGAAAAUGAAGAUAAACCUGAGAAUGAGUACAGUAGUGAUGAUGAAGAAAUUACCAAAAAUGAAGAAAAUUUGGAAGAACAAACUAAGAAGGAACAAGACGGAAUGAAGGAGAAACUUGAGGAACCGGAAGACGAAGCUGAAACUGAAGAAAAUACUCAAGUGGAAGAAUCCGGUUUCGACCUGACUCAGACCAAUGAAGAUAACGUUGAAGCAAUGGACGUUGACAAAUCGGAUGCAACUGAUAAAGUAACAGCUAAUCAAGCCGAGAAUCAAUCCAAUCAACCAAUCGACGAUUUGUGCCAGGAAGACAAACCCGAUAAAGAAGGAGUGGGUCAAUCACAAAUGGAGGAAAGUUCAACAGGACAUUCGGCUCAAACAACCAAUCCACAGGAAAUGCAAUCUUCGAAGAGGCAAAGAGACGAAGAUUUGAAAAAACAACAAAAACCAGGCGAUUCCGACGCACAGAGAAGUCUAGGUGAUGUGAAUGAACCCGUGAAGAAGAAAUUGAAGACGAUUGACUCGAAAAAUGAUAAUGAGAGUGAAGGUGAAGAAGCUGGUGAUAAAGAUGAAGAAGCAGAAAUGUAUAAACAUAUUAAAGAAGCGAAGGAGUCGGCGGCGCAAGUUUUAGACGUUGCGACGAAAGAACAAGCAGAAGAUCAAAAAUAUGAAGUUCAGCAUACUGAAGAAGAGAAAGGGGAAGAAGUGGAGGAAUCGUCUGAGACUCUGCCUCCCGAAGAAGAAGAAAAGGUUGAAAAUGUGGAUACUUCAGUUCAAAAACCGGAAAAAACCGAGGGGAAGAAAAAUAAAGCUGACAAGAAACAACAUCCAGAAGGUGACAUCCUCGACGAAGUCCAAGACAUCGAAAUCGAAGGCGAAACCGUCGAAACAAUGAGCGUCCCUCGCGGAACGGACACAACCUACCACACUUUAUACGAUGAACUCGCCAAUAGGACAUUUUCUCGCCUUACUCACGAGGAAAUGAACUCUUUACGCCACGAAGUAGAGAAGCAAUUAGCCGCCUGGACUGAAGUUCCUUCCGACAUGGAAGCCGACCGCGCUUGGCAAAAAAUCUCCUCUGUGAUGUCCUCCCUAGCCCAAGACCUGUCGGAACAACUUCGCCUAGUCCUCGAACCGACACAAGCCAGCCGCUUGAGAGGCGAUUUCCGAACCGGCCGUCGCAUAAACAUGCGGAAAGUCAUCCCUUACAUUGCCUCGCAGUUCCGCAAGGACAAAAUCUGGCUAAGACGCACCAAACCGUCAAAACGCGAGUACCAAAUAGUUCUGGCCAUUGAUGAUUCGUCCUCAAUGGCCGACAACCACUCGAAAGAAUUAGCCUUCGAAAGCGUCGCUCUGAUUUCGAAAGCGUUAACUUUGCUCGAAAGCGGGCAAUUGUCUGUUGUUAGUUUUGGCGAAAACACCGAGAUUUUGCACAAAUUAACCGACCAGUUUACGGAUAAAAGUGGCGUUAAACUGUUGCAGAAAUUCCAGUUUGACCAAAACAAGACUUGUGUGGGGAAAUUGGUUGAUUUCGUUAGCGAAAUGUUUGCACAAUCACAGAUGCAGUCCGCAGCGCUAAAUGCGAAGCUUUUGGUCAUUGUGAGUGAUGGAAGAGGUGUUUUUUCGGAGGGCGAAAGUGUAGUGAGGCAAGCGGUGAGGAGGGCAAAACUGGCGAACAUCUUCAUGGUGUUUGUUAUUAUUGAUAAUCCGGAAAAUAAGAACUCGAUUUUGGAUAUUCGGAUGCCGAGUUUUAAGGAUGGGAAGUUGUUGGGUAUCCAGAAUUAUAUGGAUGUGUUUCCAUUUUCGUUUUAUAUUAUUUUGCGCGAUAUUAAUUCGUUGCCGAAUGUUUUAAGUGAUGCUUUGAGGCAGUGGUUCGAAGUUGUGUCUAAUUUAGAUAAGCAGUAAUUUUGUAUUGUGUUGUUUUGGAAAUAAAUAAAUAAAUUAUUUUAAA